GUUUGUGUUUUUAUUUGCGACCAUUGAUUACAAUACAUAUUUUUGUUUUUAUCUAUAGCAUAUCGAUUUUAGUAGCUCCGCGUCUAGAUUUUGGCCAUUGUAUACACAAAAACACAAGUGGCACGACGUGAAAUAAACAAAAAGCAAAAAUACGCUUGCGUGUGUAAACACAAAGAAUUAUAUUUUUGCAGUCAAUGCUAUACUAGCUUGAGAUAAACCUAUAUUUGAGAUAAAAUCAACCACGACGACGGCUGGAUCAGUAACAGCACACAAGUUUAACAAAUAAGUCUUAUCUAAGAGUGAUAGUUAAUUAUAAAAUUAGUACGAGAUGUCAGACACGGCCGUACUACAAUACGCACCAUUGCAAUCAUUUGUGAAUCCAAAUUUUUGGCAUAAAUUAUCGGAUAUAAAGUUGAACCAUGAUCGUCUAUCGGAUGCUCCAAAGCCCAUUUUUGGUUACUACACCAAUUUCAACGCCAAAUCAUGUUUACUAGAAACAGAUUAUUCUGCUUUCAACGGCGACUUUACGGCGCCAAGACUUUAUUACCCUGCAGUCGGUACGCUCUACAACAAAAAUACAAUUGAAGACUUCAAAGCUUGUGAUAAAAAUGAAUUGCUGCGGUUAGAGGGGCGUAAAUUGGUGGAUGAUUUUCGAAGUGACCGUGUUCUGGAUGACCCCAAGUUACUUGCGCGAUUCUUUGUUCUUUCCUUUGCGGAUCUAACAACAUACAAUUACUACUAUUGGUUCGCAUUUCCCUGUCCACUUACACCAACAAUAAAAAUGGAAAGUGGUUCCUCACCACAGUCUUUGUCUGACAUUCCAGAAUUGGAGCAUUUAGAACGGUUACUAAAAACUCAAGUACAAAAGCCCGAUUUCUUUAUAGUCAAAAGCAAGGAGACGGAUACUAUCUAUACAUUAAAAGAUUUAUUAGUAAAUAGCGCGUCAUUAGCAGAACAAAGCGAUGAACUUUAUUUUGGUUUUGCUGACCCCAGUGAAUACGAGCAUCCCUCAUGGUUGAUGCGUGUUUAUGCAGCGUAUAUUUUUUUCAAAUGUCCUGACUUAGUUGGUAAAACGGUAAAAUUUUUGGGUUUGCGCUUUGACAACAAAAACGAAUGUGGUAAAAGCCUCGUUUGGACUGUGAAACAAACGGAACCAGUGAAUUUCGACGAUGACACGCCAUUUGUAGGUUGGGAACCCAAUCGCAAUAACAAAAUGGGUCCACGUAUGGUUUCAAUGCGAGACAGCAUGGAUCCCACAAUACUAGUCGAAAGUGCCAUAAACUUGAAUUUGAAACUGAUGAAAUGGCGUUUAGUGCCCGAUUUGGAUUUAGAUGUAAUAGCGAAUACGAAAUGUUUACUCUUUGGCGCCGGCACACUCGGUUGUAAUGUGGCGCGCAAUUUACUCGCUUGGGGCUUUAAGCACAUAACAUUUCUGGAUAAUGGUCGUGUUAGCUAUUCAAAUCCAUUGCGACAAACACUCUACACGCAUGCAGAUGCUAUUGCCGGCAAUGCAAUGAAGGCGGAAACGGCGGCCAAACGUGUGAAGGAGAUUAAUCCAACAGCUAACUCCACGGGGCAUGUCAUGCAAAUACCCAUGCCUGGUCACACCAUAGGCGCAUCGAUGGUGCAACAAACCGAUGAGGAUUUAAACACCAUCAAACGUUUAGUGGAAGAGCAUGAUGUUAUUUUCUUGCUAACCGAUUCACGUGAGAGCCGUUGGUUGCCCACAUUGCUGGGCACUACUUUCCAGAAGAUCGUUAUCAAUGCAGCUUUAGGUUUCGAUAGCUACUUGGUGAUGCGUCACGGCGCUGGUACGAAAGUCGACGAAGCAGCUGGCGAUGCUGCGCAACCAAUAGAUAUAGGUGAUCUGAAGUGCAUUGGUGGUGGCAAUUUGGGCUGUUACUUCUGCAAUGAUGUCACAGCGCCAGGAAAUUCGCUCAAAGAUCGCACAUUGGAUCAGCAAUGUACCGUUACACGGCCAGGUGUAUCGUGUAUUGCCGCUGGCUAUGCAGUUGAGUUAUUGGUCUCAUUGCUGCAGCAUCCACUACGCGACCGCGCGCCCGCCUAUUACUGUGCUAACGGUCAAUCGGAGAGCAAAGAACCGGAGGGACUGCUCGGCAUCAUACCGCACUCGAUACGCGGGCAACUGAGUAAUUUUGAAAAUAUUUUGCCGGCGACCCAGAAAUUCUCGCAGUGUAUUGCAUGUUCGGAGAAAAUAAUUGCGGAAUAUCGCGCGCAAGGCAAUGCAUUCUUGUUCAAAGCUUUCGAAACGGCUAAAUAUCUAGAAGACUUGACUGGUAUCUCUGAUUUUAAGGCGCUGGAUAGCACGAUUAUCGACUUCGAUGACUCCGACUUGGAAAUGUCUGAAACGGAGGAUAUGUAAUUUUGACCAACGCAAUUUUUUAUAAUUGUUCUCCAAAAGCCUGAAUCUACUUGCUUUUUAGCAUAAGUUAAUUGUUGUGAGCAUUACCCAACGGCAUACAUAUAUUCGUAAAAGUCAAUUAAUUGCAUGUUUUAACAAACAGAUAAAGCAUAUAUAUUUUAAAUUCGAUUUUAUAGCAUUUAUAAAAAAUACUGAAAUUAUUAUGUUUAACUAUGAUUUUAUAACACAUAAUUUCCUUAUAUUUUAAGCCUAAAGAUUUUAGAUUAAUUUUGAGAAUGUAUAUUACAUAUGUACAUAGAUAUCUAUGUAUAUGUAUAUGUAUAUAUACUAGUGCGUUGUAGGCUUAUGUGUUUUAUGUUUAGUUCUUUGUAUACUAGAUUUAUACGUGUAUUCAUAUAUAAAAGUAAAAAAAUAAAUUGAUUAAAAAACAGAACUAAAAAUGCCAAAAAUUAUUUUUUACAAGCGCGGGGAUUAAUAUGUGGACCGAGGUUGUUUUUUUUAAAUAAAUUAGAGCAAUUUGAAACAAUGAAGUAUUUUAUGUAGGGUUUUAUAGUAAA